AACUAUGGUAUAAGCAAGAGUUACAUAAGAUUAUAGCUACAACGACUGUACCUGUACCGGCCAGUUAUAAUGAUCUUUUUGUUGAGACAACGAUGCGAGAUCAUAUAGGGACUGUGUGGUAUGAGCGUAAAUUUUUUGUUAGCCGAAAUUGGACUGUGGACAAACGAGUAUGGCUUAGAUUUGGAAGUGUGCACUAUUCGGCGAUAGUGUGGCUAAACGGCAAGGAGAUAAUACGCCAUGAAAUUGGCCAUUUACCCUUUGAAGUGGAAGCCACCAGCUUUAUCAAAUUUGGUUCUGAAAAUCGUGUCACAAUUAUGUGCGAUAAUCGUUUAUUAGUUACAACAGUGCCGCAGGGAGAACUAGUACAACAACCUAGUGAUAAAGGCAAUCGUACAAACAUAUGCUUUUGA